AUGAGUGCCCGGGCACCGAAGGAGCUGAGGCUGGCGCUGCCGCCGUGUCUCCUCAAUCGGACCUUGGCUUCCCCCAACGACAGCGGCAGCGGCAGCCCAAGUGCCCACAGCCCCGGCGCAGGCGGUGGAGGGGGCGGCACCUGCAUCACGCAGGUGGGACAGCAGCUCUUCCAGUCUUUCUCCUCUACGCUGGUGCUGAUUGUCCUGGUCACUCUUAUCUUCUGCCUCAUCGUGCUGUCCCUCUCCACCUUCCACAUCCACAAGCGUCGGAUGAAAAAGCGGAAGAUGCAGAGGGCUCAGGAGGAAUACGAGCGGGAUCACUGCAGCGGCAGCCGUGGCGGAGGGGGGCUGCCCCGGGCUGGCAGCCAGGUUCCAACUCAAGGAAAAGAGACCCGGCUGGAGAGGCAGCCCAAGGACUCCGCCUUCAGCGCCCUCUCCAGCACCACUUCCUCCUGCUCCUCCUCGGCCCCAGGGCUUCCUCGCCAGGGUCCCUGUGCUCCUCCGCCUCCACCGCCAGCCCCCAGUCCACAAGGGGCACAUGCAACCUCCUCCUCUUUGGACACAGCUGGCGAGGGCGUUUUGCAAACGGUGGUACUGUCCUGA